AUGAAGGCAACCACAGUGGUCAGUGCCAUUACUGCCUUCGGCAUGGUCAGCGUCGUCUCGGGCACCAAACUCUCCUACGCCAUGGCAGAGGCUAUCUGCGGCGACCUGGGCGUUAUGAAUGUCACCGACCUUCCCGAGGGUGUCGAUCCCAAUGCGGUUCGAACAUGCAAGGAGCACCCGGAGGCUCUCUCGGCUGCAGCGUUGGUGGAUACUGCUACAAGUCGUGCGCUCAGCCUGGCUCUGGUGAAUGGUGCUGGACAGCCCAAAACAAUGGAUUUGGAGACUGGGUCAGGUGCAAAAGCAGCAGCGACUGCAGUCGCGGGGAUCAGUGUGGUGCUGGUGGUUGCAAAGCAUGCGGAUGCAGCUGCUAAGCUUGGAAAGCAAGCAUGGUCUUCGCAAGGGUUUGGAUAG